GGGACCUUAAAUAGGGCCCCUCAGGCCAGCUCCUCACUCCUCUUCCUCCUUCACCGCCUCCUGGCUCAGCAGCUGCCCGGUGGCCUCAGCCCUGCAACCAUGGCCCUCCGUCUCCUGUGGCUGAGCCUCACCCUGCUGGGGGCCCUGCAGACCCAGGCCCAGGACUCCGCCCCGAACCUGAUCCCAGCCCCGCCGCUGGCCAGGGUCCCGCUGCAGCGAAACUUCCGGGCUGACCAGUUCCAGGGGAAGUGGUACGUGGUGGGCCUGGCGGGAAACGCGGUCUCCCAGACGGAGGACGGCCAGUUCACGAUGUACACCACCAACUACGAGCUGAAGGAAGACGGCAGCUACAACGUCACCUCCACCCUGCUCCGCAGGAACGAGAACUGUGACUACUUCGUCAGGACGUUUGUCCGCACCUCCCGGCCCGGCCAGUUCCGCCUGGGCAACAUUAGGGCUUACCCGGGCCUGCAGCGUUACACGGUUCGCGUGGUGGCCACCGACUACACCCAGUUCGCCAUGGUGUUCUUCAAGAAGGUUUCCCAGAACCGGGGGUACUUCAAGGUCACCCUCUACGGAAGGACCAAGGAGCUGCCCCAGGAACUGAAGGAGAACUUCAGCCGCUUUGCCAAGUCCCUGGGCCUCGCCGACGACAACAUCGUCUACCCCGUCCCCAUCGACACCUGCAUCGAUGACGAGUGAGCAUGCGGUGAGUAUGGAUGGGAGGGGCUGAUGGGAGCCAGAGUGCAGGGCGGGCUGCUCCGCUACCUGGCACUGUUGCCAUGGUGACUCCCUGCCUUCCUUUCAGGUGCCUCCUGCCUUUCUCCUUCCCGGUGCCUUCCUAUCAGCCUCUGCCCAAGGUGCCACCCAGCUGCCCCCACAAGCCGGCCGCCCCUGAGAGCCAGGAGCCUUCUCACAGCUCGGCCCAGCGCUGCUCCUGGCCACCCUGCUGAUGGAAUUGCUCCCCGACUGCUAAAUAAACACAAGCCUCAG